UUUUGUACGACAUAGAGUGAGUUAUUUGUUUUUUUUUUGUAUAUAAAUGGUCCAUUUGAAUGCACCAGGAGGCUUGACUCAACAUUUUAAGCUAGGCAGAUGCGUUAUUGAAUAUUGCUCAUAUUAUCCUGGAUGUUAAUGUUUUAGAAAAUGAUCGUACUCUUAUAGUAGUAUUAUAGUAAACAUAGUACACGUGCUUGUUUAGUCCUAUUUAUUACGCAACACGAAUUCCACGAUAUAGCAUCAUUACCCGGCAUUUUAAACCAUGCCAGCUAGCUAGCUAGCUAGCUAGCGUUAAGCAUCCACCACAGUUGAAUGAUUUUAGGGAAUAUUUAAACUGUAUAAGCUCAUUAGCGUAACGUGAUGAAGCUUCAGGGCUAAACAGAGGUUAAAUUGGAGUCCCAGCAUCGAUUUAAGUACAUUUGUGUGAAGGAAUGAAUAUGAUAGUUAUUAUUUUCAUGGUUAAUGCUGGAAUUGGCUUAUUGUAAUGUCAUGAGAUGAGAUGCAGACAGGAUUUUAGUGUAUUGGAUUAGCACUGUGGCAGAAUGGGUGCAACUACACUACAGUGUUUUGAUCAUGUGAUUUAAAGUGUUUAAAUAUAAGUAGAGUAAGUUGAAAUCCUGGGCAGUAGUCCCCAGAAAGAAUUGCUCAUGUCAGUGCUUUUUCUGUGUAUUUGUCAUUGGGGUGCACAAAAAAUUGCGAUGUCAAUGUACGUAACAAGCUGCAUCACAACCAACGCUACUUAAUGGCUGACACUUCCUCCUCAAGCCCCCAGAUCCCCAGUGAGCCUUGCCGGCCAGGGCUAGUUGGCGCCACUUCCCCGGUCCUCCAUGCAGACUGAGCGAUUGUAUCAUUUACUUUUCUUUUGGCUGUUGAUUGAACAAUCUUGCCACCUUUUUGACUUGAUGGAUUAGCCUUAAGCAGACCUAAUUCAUUUGUUCAAUACCAAAGACGUAUUUAUACGUUUUUUACAUUUUUUUGGCGCCAGAAGCAAAAAGAGGUGAUGACGCAAGUGCACUAUAAAAGAGGCCACUUUUCAAGACGUUUUAAAAAAUUGUAAAUCGUUCAAGGCGUUAUAUUUGUAAAUACAUUUUAUAUUUACAUAUAUUUUGAUGUUUAUGUUGUGGUGCAGUUCUUUAGAUAUUUGAGCUGCCACAAAAGCAAAAACAAUUGUGUCAAAGUGAAAGUUAUGCUUGAAAUGUAUCUUUUCACAAAAAGCUCUUUUUGUUGGGAACUGAUAUUUUCCUGAUACUUACCUAUGUUCUACUGCUGAUUACUAACAAAAAGGUAGAAUCAGACUUUUCUUUCUGAUGAAAGAUGAGAGUCUAGUCUUUCUUUUGGUAGGUUCCAUGUUUAUAAACCCGUAGAGCACAAUAUUCUGUGUGCCUUGAAAAAUCGUCUAAAAUGCCGGUACUGAAGGGGUUGAAUUUUUAAAAAUGGCUGGGAUUGAAUGGGUUAAUCAGCAACAAAAAACACCCCUGUGUAUCAAACAUUAAAUCAGGCCUUGGGGAAAAACAACAACUUAUAAGUUUAGCUCUGAUUGAGAAAAUACACAUUUAUCACAUCAAGCAAUUACAGCUACUGAAAGAUGCUGUGUAUAUUGGUAGUGCUUAGUGCAAUGUUAUGAAACGGAGGAAAGUGAGGGUGACUGUCCGUCCAGACUGACUAUCAGUGGUAAGAACAUACACAGCUGAUCAAAAAUGUAAGACCAGUUGACAAAUUGCAUGAAUUUACAUUUUGCACUGGUGGAUCUUAAGGAGGUUGUAAGCAGAGCGUCAAAUUGCAAGAAGAAGAAAUGGGUGUGGGGCCAAACAAAAUUUGAGUAAGCAAUUAAUAGUAACUAAACAGCCAUUCAAUUCAAAUAGGCUGUUCAUCGCCUGAUCAAAAGGUGAAGUUGAAGACCAUAGCAAAAAAAGCUAAAAUGAAAACCCCUUAAAAUGGAAAUAUAAUGUUCAAAAAAAGGAGUCCGUAUUGAGUAGCCGUGCCAUUCUUGUUAAUCACCUCAAAAAAAUCUUUCAAGACGUUUACAAUGACUGUCUUGCUGCGUCCAACCUCAGCAGCAAUGGCGCGCUGCGAGAGGCCUUGCUUAUGCAGCUCAACAAUUCUAGCACGUUCCAAGAGAGACAGCUUAUUUGCUUGAUUAUGACAGUGUGAAUAACUGACAGAAAAUUAAAUUGAGUCCAAAUUUUUACAUUUUUACUUUGGUUUUCCGAGACUGUGGCCUUAAACUUUCAGCUGAUGAACAGCCUAUUUCACUCUAAUGGUUGUUUGCAAUAAAUUUACUUACUCAAAUUUUUUUUUUCUCUCGCUCACAUUUUUUCUUUUUGCAUUUUCGAGCUCUACGUAGAACCUCCUUAAGAUCCAACAGUGCAAAAUGUAAGUUCUUGCAAUUUUUCUCCUGGUCUUAAAAUUUGGAUCAGGAGUGUAUUAAGUCAUGGACGAGGCCAGACUGUAAAUCCACUAGACAGUCGGGGGAUCAGCAGAGUAUAAUCAGUUAGUGCGUACACGUACACAGUGUUUUAGGAGAAGGACUUUGUUGCAUGUUUUACUUGACCCAGUUUGUGCCUCUUGAUUUAGUUUAACUCUACCAGGAUACUCUUAUGGCGUUCAAUGGAAAAGAGGAUGCAGCUGAAAGUGACACCGCCGGCCCUGAGAGGGAGAUGACAAAAGAGGAUGUUUCAGUGCCUGCGGAAGGAGAUGCUACACUUGGCUGCCGCAAUAGAGAUUCUCCCCAUCUGCGGCCAGUCAUCCACCAGGUGGCCUCUGCACCCAUGCCCAACGACUGUGAAUUCUCCUUCUUUGACCCCAACGAGCCACAGUGCAAGGAGGUUCUGCAAGAUCCCAAUACCACCAUACCAGAACUGUUUGCUGUCCUUCGCCAAUGGGUUCCCCAGGUUCAGAAAAACAUUGACCUGAUUGGCAACGAGAUUAUCAAGAGAGGCUGUGGUGUUAAUGAUCGAGAUGGCUUAACGGACAUGAGCCUUCUGCACUACUGCUGCAAGGCAGGGGCCCCAGGCAUUGGUGAUGCAUAUAUAGCAGCUGGUUUUGCUCGCCACCUUCUUGCCCUGGGUGCAGAUCCUAAUCUUCGCUCCCGCUGGACAAACAUGAGGGCUCUGCACUACGCUGCUUACUUUGACGUACCCCAGCUUAUUCGGGUGGUACUACAGGCCUCUCAGCCUGGAGAUGUUGAUGCAACCUGCAGCGACUUUGACUUCGGCACCGCCUUGCACAUUGCAGCAUCCAACCUGUGUACAUCAGCUGUCACAUGCCUUUUGGAGCUGGGAGCUAAUCCCGCUUUCAAGGACGAUAAAGGCCAGUACCCAGUUGAUGUCGUUCCUGACCCUCUCAACAUGCCCUUGGAGAUGGCGGAUGCUGCCACCUUGGCCAAAGAGCUCUGCACUUUACUAAGAGAGGCUUUGCCACAGCCCAGUUUCUUGCCAUGCACAUUGCAAGUCCAGCCCCCUCCUUCGCUUGACGAAAAGGCCAGGACACAGCUUGCUUCCAUGGGAGUCCGACUUGGUGACCGUGUGACGAUAGCUGGGAAGAAGGUUGGAACCCUGCGAUUUUGCGGCAGCACAGACUUUUCUGAGGGGCUCUGGGCUGGAGUGGAGCUUGACAAACCAGAGGGGAAGAAUGAUGGCUCUAUAGCAGGCGUCCAGUAUUUUACCUGUCAAUUCAAACAUGGAGUAUUUGCUCCUCUCUCCAAGAUAAGCAAACCUCUGGAAAGAUGUAAAACAAGUACCAGUAAAGAGUCUACACCUGUACGCCCCCCUCGUCGCAUCCCCUCCAAGAUUAACACGGGGUUUGGCGCUGUCUCCCAAUCACUCUCUUCUUCGUCAUCCUCGCUGGAUUCCCGUCAUGGACGACGUCUGCGACCACAUGCCAGGCAGCGUCUUUCUGCCAGGCAGCAGUGGGAACAUGUCUCUCAGAGUCCCCGGACCACACCCUCCCCAGGCCUUCGCUCUUCUCCUGGCAUGGCUGCAACAGGAAGUAUUCGUAGCCAAACCCCCUCUGCUAGUAGCUCUGUGUGCAGGGGCUCUAAUGUGCGCCUGGGAGACAGAGUGCUGGUCGUUGGCCAGAGGACCGGCAUAGUCCAUUACAAUGGGAGGACGAGUUUUGCUCCAGGGUUCUGGUUGGGAAUUGCACUUGACACACCCAGUGGGAAAAACGAUGGCUCAGUGGGUGGAGUGAGAUACUUUAGCUGCCCACCAAGACAUGGGGUAUUUGCUCCCCCAUCUCGUGUUCAAAGGAUUCAUGGAUCUGUUGAUUGCCUCUCAGAGCUGUCCUCGUCGCAUCUCAAUCGUCCUUUCAGCGGGGCGAUCCGUCGCAGUUUAAGCACAUCAUCCAACAUUGCUGCACCCAAGGAGACAAGCAAAAGAAGCCCCGUUGCCAGGAGUCGUUCCAACCCUCAUCGCCGACGCUGGAACACCCCGAGUGGCGGCAGCAGCAGCGUCGCAGGCAGUACUGCAGGGACCGUCUACAGUUCCGACAGCCAGGUCCGCCUCCACGUGGGCAUGCAGGUCCUGUUGAACAGUGCCAAUGAGAUGGCCUCCAUCCGUUACCUGGGCACAGCUGACUUUGCCCCUGGCCUAUGGCUGGGUCUGGAGCUCCGAGGCCCCAAGGGAAAGAAUGACGGCUCUGUCGGCGGCCGCCGGUACUUCACGUGCCGCCCUGGCCACGGCGUGCUUGUCCGUCCGAGCCGUGUCACCUAUCGUGGCAUCAAUGGGUCCCGCUUGGUGGAUGAAAAGGAAUUUUCCCAGUACAACUCCAGAGAUGGUACACUUACAGUGGGAUCUGUUCUUUAAGGAAAUGAGGAGUCCUACAUUUAUCGAUUCUCGAUUUUUCCUCUUGCACUGCUUUUAUUUGGAAUAUGUGGGUUAAAACCUACCCUUGAUACCCCACCAUGCCCAGCUAAUUGCUUUGGAGAAAUAAGUAAUGCACUUUAUUCAAUUACCUUUGAAUUCCCAUUUGAAUAAUCUACACCUGAAGUGGUAGAGGGAAAAGGACUGCACUACUUUUAGUAAUUAAACAUUAGUUUCUUAGGUGAGAACAUAUUGAGCAGAUGAUAAGGAUGUGAAGAUGUAAAGAUGUAAAGAUAGUUUUGAACUAAAAGUAUCUGUAAUACAGAUAUCUAUGUGCAUUUCCUGAACCAGAAGUAAUUCGAUUUUUUUCCACAGCUGUUAUGUUUUACACAUAAUUGAUGGACAUGAAGUCGGUCUAAUGAAAAAACCCCCAUUCCAAUAACAUCAGAGCAACAACGUUGUGUUCAAUGUUCAACCUGUCAAGCAGUGAUAAAAUGUCUCCCCCUUUGGCAUACGAAAAUAGAAGCUCACAUUUUGUCUGGAAACGUCACUUUCAAAUUCAACCAGCUACUUGUAACAUUUCUUGAAAUGUAUGCGUCUGUUCACGUGUCAUUUCUUCAGGUACAAUCACGUUACAUGUUACACCGCGAGUCCAAUGAAAAGCAUGGAACAUGUGACAAAAAACAACUUUUCUUUGUUUUUUGGUUAAAUAGAGGGGGGGGAAAAAAACAUACAUAAUUUGGAGAUGCUUGCGUGCGUUUCACGAGACAACACCAAUAUGUUAACGCCGAAUGAGGCACGACUAUGCUGCGUUUGACUAAGUCAAGCGGCGUGUGAGGAAAAAUUUAAUCGUUAAGUUUUGAAGUUGAACAGGGUACUUUCCUCUUUUAUUAGAGCUGUCAGGGUAUAUUUGCAGAGAAAAAGUGGUCCGUUGUGUGUGCGCAACAGAUCCUCUAUUUAGUAAAACGCUCACGUAUCAUCCAAUUAGGAUGUGUAGGCCAUAAUUGUAGCAAGAGAUUAUUCAGCGGUGUUCUGCCAUGAGUCUGUCAGGUCGGGCGCCCUGCAAUUGAAAACAAGUAGUGUUCAGAACCCAAGAUUGUCUGACUCAUCUUUUAAUGUUUGUAAGCAUGGUAAAAUUAUACCAACGAGACGCAUUCCUACCUGAACAUGUGAGCGCUUCAUGUGCAGACAUCCUUCUUGACAUGCAGUUUCAAGAAAGCGUAUACAGUAUGUAAAAUACAUUGAUCCAUACAAGAGCCACGGAAUAUUUCCUCUGAAAUAACACAGUUGACGACGCUGAGCUGCCGUCGUGUACUGCUACCAAUGUAAUUAAUUAAAGCAAACAUUUAUGUGGCCGUGCUCUACACUCCAUAAUCACCUGCCUUUCUCACUAUGGCAGUUUGAAUUGCCAUUUUGUUUUGUUGCGACUUUAAUGUUUGGUGGAAGGAUGAAUGCAUUCAAGUCAUGUUUGAUAUCAAUUUACAACAUAUUUGCAAAAAAAAAAAAAAAAAUAAAUAAAGCCAGCAAUGUCAUUUUAGUUUGAUCCAUUGUCGAUGAUUCUUUGACUUUGGCUUUGUCAUUAACUCCACUGCUGAAAACAGGUCAUAUGAUUAGCAGUGCUGUACAGCCUACUAAAGGCCCUGUCUCACCUUGACGAUUUUGGCAGCGCAUGCCCGACGUGAUCAUUUUGAUGGCGUACGUUGAACUGUGGACGUUUUUUUCAAUUUUGGGCGUAUACAUAGCGUAUUCAUAACGAGUUGGACGUAUACAUGACGUAUUAGUAACUUAUAUAGAAUGUUUCUAUAACUUAUAGGCAAUUUAUACCAACGAAUGCGUAGCGUGUUGCCGGCGUUCACAAGUUAUGCCCAACGUCAGUCUAACUUAUGCAAACCGUACGGCAGCGUAUGGCCGACGACGACGUGCCGUAGCCUAUAAAAAGGCUGCCACUUGAUGACUCACCUCACUAGACAUCGCAGUGUCAACAUCACCAUCAUGCCAAAGAAAAUUUCGAAGACCGCUGCCAAGAAGUAUCAGGGCACUGACGGAGGGAUCCAUCACCACCCACAGCCUCCCACUCUCAAUCUGAUGGAGAUGACGCAGGUUCUAACGCCUCUCAGGCAUCGUCAAUGGUAUUGGAAGCUGCUUCCCCAGUGACCUCCAUCUCCUCUGAGCCAACCCUUCCCAAGAAGACACAGUUUUGUCUCAAGGUAUGUUGACGUAUUACGACUUGUGUGUAACUUACACAUAACGUGUGUGAACGGGCGUCAAUGAUCGCAUAACUU